AUGAAUGAAUUGGAGAACGAAUUUUUGACUUAAUGCAAUAUAGAGAGUUCAGCAUUUUCUCAUUCUUAUAUUGAACAAAUAUUUAACGAGGUGCAUUUCAACAAUAUAUCUAAGAGAGAUCAGAUUGCAAGAUUAAAGAAGGAAGAAAUAUAGUAUCAGAUUAAGUAAGAGAAAUAACAGUUGCAUGUUGAGGAGAUUGAGAAGUCCCUGGAACAAAAAUAGUAUUUGGAGAUAGAUUUAGAUAGAACACUCUAUUCAAUUUUGUUGAGACAGAAAUACAUUAAUGAUUUGGAGGAGCAGCUGAGAUUGAUCAACAAUUUCUACUAAGAUUUGCCUAUUGAGCAUAGGGAAAGUCAAUAGACCAAGAAAUUAAGUUACCUAAGUUAUUCCAAAUAUAAAUCAAAUUAUGAUGAGUACAUUAAGCAAUUGUAAAAUAAGAAGGUUGAUGUAUUGGAUAAUUUGGAGAAAGUCAAAAAUGAAACAUAGCAGACUCAAUAGAACUAUUAUAGCUUAUUGCAAAAAAUAAAAUAAGCUUAAUAAACAUUAGCUGAAUAAGAAAAAACUAUACAAUAAUUGAAUGAUUAGAAUGAGACCAAUAUCUUUAAAUUGCACGAGUAAAGAAAAGUAGUGAUAGAUUUGCAGGUGUUAUAAAAAUUAGAAAGAAUGUAUUUGACAUUUGAAGAAGGAAUUAACGAAGACUUUGUUACUGAGGAUAUCAAUAAGGUAGAUUGCAAUAAAGAAAUAACUGAUUUUAUGCAUCAGCAUCCCUUCGGAGUUUCAUUCUUGGUUGAGAAUCUCAUACAGCAGUACAGAAAAUAUUAAGUUCAAAUUGAUAGUGAGUCAUCAAUAGGUUUGGGUUUGAUGGAGGAAAAAUAAGAAUUACAACAGGAAUUAAAAGAAUUAAAGGAGUUGUGUGAAAGAUUCUAUAUUUAUGAUGAGGAGGAAGAAUCUGAUUCACAAUUUCAAGAUGUUCAGAAAUUGAUGGGAUUCUUAACCAUGAAGCAAUCUCAAAAUAACUUUAAGUAGAAUCUAUUACACAAAGCAGAGUCCUUCAUAAUAAAAGUCUUCGGGAAUCUUUACAAUGCCAUCAAAAGAUUCAAUGAUAUCUUCUAGGCCAUCCAUCAAAAGAGAAUGGCUAUUGACUUAAAGUCUUCUCAAAUUGAUAGCAAAAUUAAAAACUUUUGUGCCAAUACCUAUAUUGGACAUUACUCACUAUCCUUAUAUUAAUACAUGAAUAACCCACUAACUUCGACUUAACCUGAUCUAUAUCAUUAAAUAUAAAAUAGCAUAAUUUUGAAACUGUAUGUAAAUGAAGAUGCCUUGAAUUAAUAUUUACAAGCUGGAUCUACAUUUAUCAAACUAUAUUUGAAAGCUUCGGAUUACUACUCCAAUUAAAUUCACACAAUGAUAGAAUUAGUCCAAUCAAUAAAUUAAAUACCCAAAAGAUCGAAAUUUUCUUAUAAUGAUUCACCUUUAUUGCAAUAAAAUUACAAAAGCAAAUUGAGCAUUGAGUUAUCUUAAAAAAAAAUAUCCUUAAGAACAGACACUGAAUCCAGAGCAUAAGUUUAAGUUAAUUUUAAAACUAAAACAACCAAGCGGAACUCUUUUACGAGUACUUUAGGAAGUUCAAGAAGGAUUUAAUAGGAUGUGAAUGAAGAAAACUAUUUAGAGUCUGAAAGAUAAAAAAUUAUAAAUCCAAAAAAUAGUAUUUCAAAUACAGCCAAAAUUCCAUCAGAAUAACAAAAGUAUUGUGAUCUAUUGAGUGAAAGAGGCCAUGGAGUUGAAAAAAAAGUGAUCAUCUAAAACUUUAAAUCAUUAAUUAAACUGAGAUAAAUCAAAAGAAAGAUUAAGACAAUGCCAACAACUCCAAAAAGCAUUAUUGGAUCAUCUUUAAUUUUUAAAUCGACUUUUAAAUGA